GGUAGUUUCAUCCCAUGUCCUGGAUGUUCUGGAUUGAGGAAAAGCAGAAGAUACUUAGUUCUCCCCUGAGAGUCCCUCCUUCUGGGGGAGGAGGCAGUCCUGGGUUCGAGCUUUCCACCCUUUGCCCUUCACUCCAUCCUUCCAGGGAGGAACCCCCAGGGUGCAACUACUUCGCUUUUCUGUUUGUGGGGCAUGUAUUGAUCUCCAGGGACAGUCAGAUGCCGUAGAUAUCGUCUCCCUUCUUUAGCCAGCAUUGGCUCCGAGGGUGAUGCAGACAAGAUUUGGGGCACCUGAUACCUCAAAGAGGCUCGGAGGAAGAAGCAGAAGAGGAGAACUUCCAAAUUCCUCCCCCCCCCUUUCUGUAGCACCUUUGGGUCCCACAGACGGCCACGGAGAGAGUUUUCCUGUCUCCACUUCCAAAAGUUGCAGAAGGACAAGCAGCAGCUUCAUCCUGGAAGCUUUUACAAGGCAAACUCUGCCCACAGCCAGGAGUUUGAUCUUGAUGGGGCUCAAGGUUGACCCAGCCUUCCAUCUUUCCAAGCUAACCUUGAUGGACCUCAUGGAAGGGGGCAAUCAGACCCUGCAGAUGACCGAAUUCUUGUUCCUGGGAUUCUCUGGCAUGCCCAGAGGUCAACCUUUCUUCUUUCUGCUCUUCCUGGCCAUCUACCUCAUCACCUUGGUGGCCAACUCAGUCAUACUUAUCUUGAUCCAGCUGGAUUCGCGCCUCCACAGUCCGAUGUACUAUUUUCUCAGCCAUUUGUCUAGCUUAGACAUUUGCUAUUCCUCAGUUACCCUCCCCACCAUCCUGGUGAACCUCCUGCACCAGCAGCCCACCAUCUCCUACAACGAGUGCAUGGCCCAGAUGUUCUUCCUGAUGACCUUUGCAGGGACUGAAUGCGCACUGCUGGCUGUGAUGGCCUAUGACCGCUAUGCGGCCAUCUGUGAACCCUUACACUAUUCUCAGCUCAUGAGUAGCAGGGUGCAGAUCCCUCUGGCCACGGCUUCGUGGAUCUGGGGUCUUGUUGACUCUAUCUUUCACACUGCGUUGGCCACCGAUUUGGCCUUCUGUGGAAACAACCAGAUCCAUCACAUCUUCUGUGAUGUCCCCCCACUCUUGAAAAUUGCCUGCAGUGACACCUACACCAACGAGAUGGCUCUUCACACUGCGAGUAUCUUUGUAGGGCUCUGCCCGUUCCUCCUGGUUGUCAUUUCGUAUGUCUACAUCGUACGUUCCAUUUUGCAAAUCCGCUCUAGCAGUGGAAGGAGAAAGACCUUCUCCACCUGUGCUGCCCACCUGAUUACCGUCAUCCUCUUCUAUGGGAUGAUCAACUUGAAUUACAACCGUCCCAGUGCGGGCUACUCCUUGGGGGUGGACACUCUGAUCUCCAUCCUCUAUUGCAUCGUCACCCCCAUGCUGAACCCCCUAAUCUACAGCCUCCGGAACAAGGAGGUCAAAGGGGCCCUACAAAAACUUCUGUGCACUCAGGAGAAGGACGAUGCAUCUCCUGGAAGACAGUGAAGGAAAACAAUGGGAUCGCCUUCCUACCUUCUCUGCAUAUUCUUCUCUAUAGAUCGACAACAGUUUUACCUCAAUGAGGCGUUGUGUAGCUGCAAAUUUCAACAGGGCUCCUUUGCUCAAUGCCCGUGGGAUUCUACCGGCCAUAUCCUUCCUUCCUAUGUCGCCAUUUUGGUUGAACCAUUUAAGAGUUGGAAGGGACCUUGGAGGUCAUCUAGUCCAACCCCUUGCUCAGGCAGGAAACCCUACACCAUUUCAGACAAAUGGCUGUCCAGUCUCUUCUUAAAAACUUCCAGUGUUGGAGCAUUCACCACUUCUGGAGGCAGGUAGUUCCACUGCUUAAUUGUUUUCACUGUCAGGAAGUUUCUCCUUAGUUCAACAGCUCACCAUCUAACCUGCCAACGCAGGGACCGUUAGCAAAACAAAUCCUUUGAAUGUAACUGGACAAUAAAGAGAUAAUGGGGGGGGGGGAGGAAUGGGAAAGGAAAAUUAAGUAGGAAAACUUCACGUGUAAAUAUUAGUUCUGGCUUUGCUGUACUGUAACCCAGAGGUCCUUAACCUGGGUGAUAUCGUCCCCCAGGGGGCGAUUUUGUUUUUCAAGGGGGCGAUGGAAUGAAAAGGGAUGACGCCAGGGCGAAGGAAUGAAAAGGGGGCGAUAUG